AUGAAGGUGUUUCCGAUUAUGAUGUUUUCGCACAUUCAACAGUAUUUUUCUCUUAAAAAUUAUGUUGUUGUGGUGGUGCAACAAGACCCAAUUGUAGUUCACCUUAAGAACCAAAUAUUAUUGCCUGUAGGAGCCAACCCACCCCAAGAGCAGAAUCAGCUAGUGCUUGUGACUACUAGUACUGAUUAUCAAGAUCAGCCCAAACCGAGGCGUGGCCCGGGAAGACCCAAACCUAGUCGUAUACACACAUUGUCAGCAGACUGGCAGAUACAAACUAGAACCCGCCGGAAGGCUGCUACUGCUGGUCGCAAAGACAAGAAGGAUAUAGGAGUUGGGUUUGAUCUUAAUCUUAAGCCAGAGGGGUGCUCACAGAUUGUGGCGCAAGAGCGAGGACCUAGCAAUGAAGACGACGACCAAACAGGUCCUCUUGCUCAAAUUGAGGACAUAGGUCUAGGACGGUGA